CGCAAAGUGGAUCAUGUUGUACUUUUUUAUUGUAACGAGUUAAACGACUACAUUUUACAUAAUAAAGUAUGAUCCAAAUUACAACUUCUCAUCUGUACAUUAAACAUGAAUUGACAACACCAUUUGAAAUACGUCUAGGAAUGGAUAAUCACAUAUUCAUUUCAGAAGAGUUUUAAUGACAUUUUAUUGUUGGCAUUUAAGAUAAAACUUCGUUUUAGUCAUUAUAAAAUGAUACUGAGAGUGGUCAAAAGGUUCUGUUGGAAAAGAUUGACUUCUUCCAUAUUGAGAAAUAUCAGCACAUUGACUACAGAUGAAGUUAUUCUGGAUAAAAUUGGAAACAAAGGGAUAGUGACAUUAAAUCGACCAAAGGCUUUGAAUGCUCUAAGUAUGACAAUGAUCAGAAAGAUCUUAAAUCAAAUGAAGGGUGCAGGAUUGUCUGUUCAUGGACAUUUUAGAGUAGCUACAGAGAGAACAGUUUUUGCAAUGCCAGAAGCUGCCAUUGGAUUUUUUGCAAGUGUGGGUGGAAGUCAUUUUCUUCCUCGUCUUCAGGGUAAAUUAGGCCUAUAUCUUGCUUUGACAGGCUGUCGACUUACUGGGCAUGAUGUGGUCAAAGCUGGAGUAGCAACACAUUUUGUGGACAGUGGCAGAAUAAACACUAUAGAAGAGAAGCUUUUAAAGAUGGAAUCUCCUUCAUUUCAAGAAAUUGACAAGUUGUUGUGCAAAAACCAGGAACAAUCACCAAUCAAAGAUGGGGACCUAAGCUUCCAGUUGCUUUUGAGUAAAAUCAACACACAGUUUGAUGGUGGGAGUUUGAAUGCAAUCAUAGAAAACCUAAGAAGAGAUAAAUCUGAAUGGGCUAACCAGCAUCUACAGACCCUGUUUAAAAUGUCACCCACAUCCCUCAAAAUAAUCUUCCAUCAGCUAGAGCUUGGAAAAAACAUGAGUCUUCAGGAGUGCCUAAAGAUGGAGUACAGAAUUUCUCAAAGAGUUAUGAAGAAUCAGGACUUCUUUGAAGGAGUGAGGGCAUGUAAUUUUGAUUGACAAAGAUAACAAGCCUAUGUGGAUGCCAGCAACAGUAGAAGAAGUUAGUGACAAUGUCCUUAAAUCUUAUUUUGCAGCCCUUCCUAAGGAUAAAGAGCUUGUGUUUUUUUAGCUAGAGUAUGAUAUUCAUAAGUGUUAUUGCAGAUAAUAAGCUACAUAUGUCUAGUGUGCUCUGUAGAAUCUGGGACAAAAUAAUUAAUCAUGUGCUUCUGAAGUUUUUGGUAACUAGUUUUGAUAGACUCAAGUUCUUCAACAUGGACUGUCUGUUGAAUUUAAAAUUUUGAAGUUUUCAUUUAAGUUCAUCUAGAUAUUUGAACUUUGUGCUGUUUUAUCUUAUAUUUGUUAAAAUGCAAUUUGAUGUUUCAAGACUCUUUUAUAUAUAUAUAUUUGUUGAA